AUGUCGCGCUUGAUGACGUCAUCCAGAAGGGGAAAGCUCCUCCUCCAACGAACGCUCGAAUCCAGGAGUCGAUUGAAGGCGGUUUGGAUUGUUGCGAAGGGAUCUCUCUCAGCCGGCGCCCCUAUCCCUUCGUGUGGCUUUCGCAGGCAGGUGUGCCAUGGAGAAAAAGAAGAAGCUGAGCACUUCCGCUUCCCAUUACGUGACAACCUCAAAGAAACAGGGUGCUCCUGAUAAAGAAGGCGUGGCACCGCGGCCAUCGCAAAUUAACAGACGGAGGGCAUCAAGCCAUGACGCUUCUGAUCCAGGAGAUGAAGAUUCUGCCACAGAUCUUACAAAAAGUGAGUUCUUGGCAUUCAAGGCUAGCUUUUCAAGACCAAAGUAUGCCAACACAUAUAGAAUGGAACCAUACAGAACAUUUGAGGCUCAUGUAAUAAGGAAGAAAGCUGAAGACAUCCUAAAGAAUACACUCCAGGAUUUCAAAUAUGAUGGGUCCAAUGCAGUCUCAAUGUGUUUAAUCCUCUCAGAAGAUAUAUUAACAGCUGUCAAGGAACAGGGCUUUGACCGUUACAAGUAUAUAGUCCAAGUAUUUAUGGUGGAAAAGUCUGGCCAAUCAAUUCAUAUCGCCAGCAGAUGGGUCUGGGAUGCCGCAAGGGAUAACUGGGUUUCAGCACUACAUGAAACUGAGAACUGUGUUACAGUGGCUUUAAUAAUUGCUGGUUAUUAUGAAUAACUUCCUGAAAAUAAAUACUAUAAUAAGAAA